UUCUUUGAUUGAUAGACAACUACCCCACAGAACCCCACCUUGGCUUGGCUCUGUAACACUGUGUCAGAUAACUGCAACAGAUAACAAAAAGAAACUAGAGGAUAGCAUUACAUGUACUAACAUAAUAAGAUAUGCAUAUAUAUAUAUAUAUAUUCAUGUACAUUCAUUUAUGCCAGCGACCAGACCAGCAUAUCUUUAGAAUGUCAGGCAAGGAAAUAGCUGCUGCUUGGGUAGCAUUAUAGGCCUGUACAUCUGAGAAAAAGCUAAGACUUUUUGGUAUCUGCGUGUAUUUAUUAUUACUAGAGCCUAUAGGGGUGUCACCUUUUUGGUCUCUGUGUAAGCGUUUUGAAAAGUCUGAAAUCUGAGAUUUGAGCUUUGAUGAUCUUUUUGUUACAUCCAUCAUGGCCUUGACAGCUAUCAUAAUGUACCUGUCACUUGCCUUGGGCUUUGUAUUGCAUCAACUGAGGUUGUUGUUCAUGAACAUCAAAUUAAGUUUCUUAUGAUUCAUUACUGUGGUAUUGUUUCUUAAAUUCUAUUCUCAACUGCUAUCUGCUUGUUGAUUUUAAUGUUUAAUAAAUUCUGCUUUAUUUUUUCCUUAAAAGGGUUUUUCAGCAUCUCUUGAAACCAUGGCCUUUCUUUAAAGUUUAACCUUUUGGAUUUUGCACGGGAUAAAGCUGUGCUUUUUGGCAAUAUCCUUGAUGAGUUCCUUUUUAUUCCAUCUUCUGCAUGCUUUUACUUUCACCUGCAAGUUCUGUUUGUUUGUUGAUCUCUUUGAACUCUUUCUUCUUUGUGCAGUCACUUUUCAUAGUUAGAUAUUUUACUUGAACUUGUCUGUAGUGAGGUGUAUGAAUAGGACAAUUUCUAAUGGUUUUAUAGGGAAGGACAAACUGAUGUGGGGUUACUGAAAUGGAGUUGGCGAUGGCAUCGACUUCUUGUGCCAAGCAGAUUCCAACGCUUAUGAAAGAACCAGUUAUGAACUAUGUUCAAUAUCCAGCACCUGGGGCCACAUAUGAGGAUGUUAUAGUUAGUCCUAAACUCUUUAUGGAAACUUUAGAGAAGUUCCAUGCUGCCAUGGGAACCAAGUUCAUGAUCCCUAUAAUAGGGGGUAAGGAACUGAACUUGCAUCGGCUUUUUGUGGAGGUAACAUAUCGAGGAGGCAUCGAGAAGAUUAUUAGAGAGAGAAGGUGGAAAGAAGUGACUGGUGUUUUCAACUUUCCAUCUACUGCCACAAAUGCAUCUUUUGUGCUGCGCAAGUACUAUGGUUCCUUGCUUCAACAUUAUGAACAACUUUACUACUUCAAAGCACGGAGUUGGAGCCCUGCCUCUCCUGUACCUUUGCAGAGUUCAUCGAUAUCACAAUGUCCAGCUCAAGUGACUGUUCAGCCGUCACCAGAAUACCAAGCUGCUGCAGUGAAACAACAAACAGCAGACAUUCCAGAGCUGUGUAGAGCAAUGCCAGGAUCAUCUGUAAGCACUUCAGUGAUAGGGGUAAUUGAUGGGAAAUUCGAGAGUGGGUAUCUCGUUACUGUGAUGGUAGGUUCAGAGAAACUCAAAGGUGUUCUUUAUCAGGCGCCACAGAACCAAUCAUGGCAAGUGCCACAGCCUCGUAGCGUGCCUGCGAACAAUAGUGGUAAUACACAAGCUGUACCAGGUACACGACGCCGGCGCCGAAAGAAAAGUGAGAUAAAAAGAAGGGACCCUGCUCAUCCAAAACCUAAUAGAAGUGGCUAUAAUUUCUUCUUUGCCGAGCAGCAUGCGAGACUCAAACCACUUUACCCAGGGAAGGAUAGAGAGAUCAGUAGGAUGAUUGGGGAGCUAUGGAACAAAAUAAAUGAUUCCCAAAAAGCGGUUUAUCAGGAUAAAGCUCUUAAAGAUAAAGAAAGAUACAAAAUAGAAAUGGAGGGUUAUCGGGAGAGAUUGAGAACGGGGAAAGUUAUUCGUGAUGCGGUUCCACUGCAGCAGUGGUUACCAGGUAAAGAUACUGAGAUGGUGGAAGUGAAUGUUAGUACUGGAGAAACUGGAGGGGGCUCUCCUCGAAAUGAUAGUAGUUCUGGUGAAAGUGAUUCUGAAGAUGAUAAAACUGCGGAGAAGGAUUUGGACAUGGAAGCAUCUCCACUUGAGGGAUUGGGUGCUGAUUCUGGAGACAUGGACGUUGAGACUUCAGCUGAGGUGACACCUUUUAAGCUACUAUUUAAGAGGGAAGAAAAUGUUAAAGAUGAGGGGGUUGAAAAGCCUGGCAAGUCAGCCACUGAAAACUCGGAGACUACUGUACAGACUCUGGAAGAAAACAUACAUGGCGACAAACAUUGACGUUCUCUACCAUGAAGUAGGAUUUACUCUUUUGAUCAUCUUUAGCUUCGUUCAAGCUGGGAAGUAUGUGGUGAGCUCUAGUUCAUGUUCAAUUUUAUCCAGCUUAAUGCUAUAACUCGAAUAAAUUUGUCGGUGGAAAUAUCGAGCAUUGCUGUCAAUUUCAUCUAGUGGGCCAUCUUUUCGCAUCUUGCCUUGAGUCAACUUCAGCAGCACUUGUAGCUCUGUUGCAUUAAAGGACUGCGUUUCCAACUCUAGGUAGAGGGGGCUGCCAUUUUUGUCCAGUGGAACUCUUUUUGAGAAUCUGUCCAAUGGGAGUUAAACAGGGAGAAACAAAGUGUGUUCCAGGCAGAUGGCCAGGUCGCAUCGCUUAAAUGCCUGCUGCAAGAAUCUGGACUGAAUGUCACAUUCCAAAACUACUGCAGUUGACAGAACAGGAACACGAAUAAAUCUGCACAGGGAAAAACUAUGGCAUUAGUUACCAUGUAAUCUUUUUAUACGACAGAUGUUCAUAAUUUCAUCCAAGCCUAGAUGUAAUCCAAGAGGUUCCAUAUCUUGAUAA